GGGGCCGCGCGGAGUCAGCGCAGACAGGGAUGAGAAACUUGUCCCGGAUAUUUACCUAACUAUACCUGGCUCUUCCGACGCACCCCGUAGGCUACCGAGAUUUCCGCGGCGGACAGUCUGAGGAUCAUGAUACGUCUCUGAAGCGGGACGACUGAGAAGCAGUGAGAGACAGGCCAGCCUGGAUCCAUUAAUCGUUUACCUGGAAACCAACACAGGACACAUGUCCCCUCUCAGUGAGGAGCUGAGGGCAGGGUGUUUGUCUUCUUGAGAGGGAGGCAGAGUUACCGUGGUAACAGACAUGCCAAAACCGGACCUGCUCUGCCUAGUUCAGCUGCUGGACGGCACAAUCGAGACCUUCAGAGUCAGCAAGCAGGAUGAAGGUGUGGUUCUGUUGGACCAAGUAUGCGACCACCUGGGCCUGCAAGAGAGGCAGCUCUUCAGUCUGCAGAUCAGAGAAUCCAGCACAGCCAUCGCCUCUAUCACAGCCAACACACACUCUCCCAGAUGGUUGGAGCCUGAGAAACCCUUGAAGAAGCAGAUAAAAGGUCUUGCUUCCCCCUUUUAUCUAAACUUCAGAGUACGAUUCUUCAUCUCUGAUCCCAACUCUCUGCAGCAUGAACAGACAAGGCACCUGUACUUCCUCCAGAUCAGGAGUGACAUUAGAGAAGGACGGUUGAAGUGCCCACUGAGUGCAGCUGUAGUGCUGGCCUCUUAUGCUGUGCAGUCGGAGAUGGGGGAUCAUUGUCCGUCCCGACUCCCGGGUUACCUCUCAAAGUGCCACUUCAUUCCUGAGCAGGAUGAAGACUUCCUGUCUAAAGUGGAGGAUCUGCAUCCACAGCACAAGGGGCUUAAGCAGAGCGAGGCAGAGUUGUGUUUCCUCAACACAGCACGGACCUUGGAGUUGUAUGGAGUGGAGCUACAUGCUGCCAUGGACGCCUACAAUGCCCCCAUGAUGGUAGGUUUGGCUUCCAGUGGUGUUGCGAUGUUCUGUAAUAUGAUUUGCUCCAGUUUCUUCCCCUGGGGAAACAUCAUCAAGAUUUCAUUCAAGAGGAAACGCUUUCUUAUACAUCUGAAACGUAAACAUGGGGAGACCCAGGAUUGUGAAGUACCUCUGGUGUUGCCUUGCCCCAAGACCUGUAAGAACCUGUGGCGGUCAUGUGUGGAUCAUCACUCCUUCUUCAGCUCCAGCCGGACUGCUAGGACUCCCAAACACAAUAACAGCACAGUUCAGUCCUACAGAAUGCUGAUAACACAACACCUGGGCCUCGGCAACAGUAAAACUGAGAGUGGUCCAGUGUGCCAGCGUGUGGUGGGAGGGAUGGUGUGGAACCCUGUCCUGCAGAGGUCGAUUUCAUCAGAGCAUCUUGAAACCAAGAGUCUGCCCUCUAGAUCACCUCCAACCACCCCCAACUGGCGGAGUCCUCGAGUUCGCCACGGCAUCAGUAAACCUCGCCCAUCCUCGGUUGAGUUCAGCAAUGACCUGAAAGACAUGUCAGAGGGGGAGGAUGUCUUCUACACAUACAGGGCGUCUGUGAGCAGCAGCAAGGACAGUGAGGGAGACGCUUCACCGCAACAGAAAUGGCUCUCUGGCAUGUACAACCAUGAGACAGAUGGGGCUUUGCUGCAAACUAAUGACAGUAUAGGUGAGGAGGAUGGUGAUCGCAGCUUACACCACUACGAUAAGGGAGCUCUCGGCGAUGGUGACUUGAUGCUAAUAUGUAUUGCCCCCGAUCACGAGGGCAAGUUUGGCUUCAAUGUUAAAGGUGGGGUGGAUCAGAAGAUGCCUCUAGCCAUAUCCCAUGUUAAACCCGACUCUCCGGCAGGUCGAUGUGAGCCCAAACUCCUGGAGGGAGACCUGGUAGUGCUCAUCAAUGGCCGAGACAUUUCUGAACACACACAUGACCAGGUUGUCAUGUUCAUACGAGCCAGCAGAGAGUCGCACUCCAGAGAGCUGGCCUUGCUUAUUAAACGUAAAGGUCCUGGCCGGGUGGCACCCCUGCUGCAGUUACCUCCUGCCCUCACACUCACCAGCCAAUCGCAGGGAAACAAGCCGCAGUCAUCUGGCCAGUCGGAGCGGGUCACAACACUGGAGGAAUCAAUGAGACAGCUGGACAAAGGAAUACAGUCUGGCACGCUCUGUUUCCAUUUUGAGAAUUUAUACCGGAGGAAGCCUGGUCUGUCACUUAGCUGUGCUCAGCUCUCUGAGAACACGGACAAGAAUCGAUAUAAGGAUGUUUUACCAUAUGAUGCUACCAGAGUGGUGCUCCGGGGCCAGGAGGACUACAUCAAUGCCAGCCACAUCACAGUGGCGCCCCCAGUGUCUGGUGUAUGUUUACGUUAUAUUGCAACUCAGGGUCCAUUGCCACAGACCUGCACUCAAUUUUGGCAGACUGUUUGGGAGCAACAGACACACACCAUCAUCAUGCUAACAACUCUGACAGAGAGGGGACGGACCAAGUGCCACCAGUACUGGCCGCAUCCGCCAGAAGCGAAGGAUUACGGGCACAUGCGGGUGAAGUGUCACUCGGAGGAGUGUAACCUGGCGUAUGUGACGCGACAGUUCACGCUGAAACACACACAGCUGCAUGAGGAACGUGCAGUCACACACCUGCAGUAUGUUGCGUGGCCAGACCACGGCGUACCCGAUGACCCUUCAGACUUCCUGUUGUUCAUCAGCUCGGUCAGGGAGAGGAGGAGAGGUGAAGAGCCACUAUUGGUACACUGCAGCGCUGGGAUUGGACGCACAGGUGUUCUGAUCACCAUGGAAACGGCGCUGACUCUGUUGGAUGAGGGUCGGCCAGUGUUCCCGUUGGACAUUGUCAAAACACUGAGAGAUCAGCGAGCCAUGAUGGUUCAGACCACGUGUCAGUUCCAGUUUGUGUGCGAGGCCAUUGUGCGAGUCUACAAAGAGAAACAGGAGGGACCUACUGCACCGUAGCCCAAAUCAGCAACUGGAUCAGAACAGACACACUCACCGUUUCAGCCUCAUCUCAUUGCAAGCGACUUCUACAAAGGGACUUCCAGUGCUGUAACAGAUUAACCUCUGUCAGCGCCUAUGGGACUGGCACCCAGACUGGAUUAUGAGAGUGUAACUAGCUUCAGAGCACAGCUGUCUGUGAUCUGUGCAGCUAGGUUCAGUGUGAGAGUAUGAAUCAUACACCGAGUCUGCCUUAGUUUUUAAUGAUAGUGCAUUGAACUUGUAGAAGCUUCGGUCUCCAUAGAGACUGAUGUAAGACUGAUGUGAGCUGCUAAUUUCUGUCCAAGAGGCCACUCAGGAAUGUUGCCUCUACUUAUAAAGCUAUGUGUGCCUUAAAAACCAACGCCUCCCAGUCGAUGGAUCGAACAGGGCAGCAGAGGCAGACCUGGAUCGUUAUAAUGUAUAGUUUAUCUGUGUGUCCAAAGACAAAGAGCAAGGCAGCCUUUAGAUCACUAUAGUAAAUGCAGUAAGGUCAUGGUGGUCCACCAGAGUAUAAUCAAACUCACUGUUCAACACUCUUAAAUUAUUAAGACACUAAAUAAACCCACUGAUUUAUAUCGA